CUUUGUUUCGUUAUCAUAACAACCGUGAGGCGCGUAUUCGAACUGUGCAACACUUCCAUAUGACGGACUUUUACUCAGUUACAAAACAGUGAUGGAAAGAUUUCAUAAGAAGCACCAAUAAUUGAGAAGUUUCCCAACUAAAAGUUUAAAAAGCAUAUCUACAGACUUUACGUAAAGUAAGUUUGAUCAUCAGCUAGACUGUCCGAAAUUAAGAAACAUUGAAAGUAUGGCUCAUACAAAUUUUGGACUGUUACCAGAAAAUAUGAAGACAACACAUAAUGCUACAUAUAUACUACCAAAACUAAUGCCCACGUACCGAGGACACUGCCCAUGUGUAAAAUUUGAUUAUGGUCAAACAUAUGGUACUUACACAUGCAAGCAAUUCCAAGACUACAGAUCGACAGUGCUCCAGUCAUCAAUGACACCGUAUAAAGAUAGUGGAAAUUUUCCGACAAUUUAUUCACAUAAUCCAAAAUUUCUUUGGAACAAAAGAGUAAAAAGUCACGAAAGAUAUAGUGAUAGAUUCUGCUAUCAACUUUAUAACAAAGAUAACUAUAGAUCAGAUGAACUCAGGAAUUUUGAAAUGGAUAUUCAAAAACAUCGUGAGUAUUACCUAGAUAAAACUGGGACUAAAAAACCUGUUCCUGCAUUUUUAAUUCCGUUAAGUGAUGCACAAUUUAUUAAAGAUAAAUAUUCAGUUUAACCAUAUUGACAUGUUGUCAUCAUUACAGAAGAUAAGUAAUGUUGUAAGAGGAAUUAAAUAUAUCAUAAUAAAUCAUGUCCGUGUUUUACACAAGCUUUACUGUCAGGAUGGAGUAGUGCGAAUUACUGAACCAGGCACAUAUAUGCAUCAAUCCAAGUGGUCGACCUUUAUCACGUUAGAAAAUAUAUUAUACAACUUGACAGUAACAAACAAAAUGUUAGUACACACAUGUAAUUGAAUUAAAUAAAUUGUUAACUGGAUUCAUUGAAGUGAUACUUUCGUAUAAACCCUAACUUUAUGAUACCAUAAUUCAGUUCAGUUUAAUUCGAUCACAUUAUCUAUAUUCUGUGUAUAGAAUUCUAAUGAUCACUAAUGUACAUAUAAAAUAACAAAGUG